AUGGAUGCAAAACAAGAAGAAAUGAAGCUUCUUUGUUUCUUUGAUAUAUACAGAGAAAGCUAUAAGAUGAUUUUAUGGUGGAGAAAGAUCUUCAGCCAGAUCACCCUAACCUUGAUCCUUCCCAUGUGCUUCUUUUUCUUUGUUCAAAUACUGGUAUCCGAAUCCCUCUACGAAAGCAGUACCGUCCGCACUGAUAUAAUCAUAGACGGUGCUGAUCACAACGAUCCUUUCAGCUAUGUAGUCCCCAAUCUCUCCUCUUCCGAAUUCAAGACUUACUUGCUUUUCAAGGCAGGGUCCAUUAUCUACCUCCUCGCCGUCUCGUCCCUCUCCACAUCCACCGUCGUUUACGCCACCGCCUGCAUCCUAACCGGGAGCAAAGCGACUUUCAGCAAGGCUACUAGCGCUUUUCGAAGGGUUUGGAAGAGGCAUCUCUUCAACUUCCUUUGUUCCUGCAUUGCUUACCUUGCCUACCAUGUAAUCGUAAUGAUUGCCAUUAUUGGUUAUGCAAUUCUUGUCAAACCCGGAUCUGCAUUAAUUGAUGUUGUUGUAAAUGGAGCUCUACUGGUUUUGUACUUGAUGGGAUUGGUGUACAUGGGAAUAGUUUGGCAAUUGACAGACGUGGUGUCCGUGUUGGAAAAUGUCCGAGGGUUUAGAGCCAUGAAGAAAAGCAGGGAAUUGAUGAAGGGGAAGAUGUGGAUGGCCACUCUUAUAUAUUUCAGCUUUGAUUUCACUGUUUAUAUUGUGGAAUUUGUGUUCAGGAAUAUUUUUGUGCAGGAAUGGAAUUUUGGGAAGAUGGAAAAGAUUGGUUAUGGAAUUAUUUGUUUGUUGUUGUCUACCGUGUUGUGUUUAUUUGGGCUUGUUUGUGACACUAUCUUCUACUUCAUCUGCAAGUCUUGCCAAAACGAAACUACCGAAAUGUCAGCGGCUCUGUCAGAUGAUGAUCAGCUGGAGGUUUAUCUGAUAGCAGUUGAAGAUCAACUUCCUUUGAAAGCUCAUGAAGAAGUAUAG